GCGGACUGUCCUCGUUGUUUUUUCUGUGAGCGGAGGGACGACCAGCGAAGUCUACAAAUAGGCAGUUCGUUUAUGGACAUUUCCUUUCGAACAUUUCGAUAUUCUUUAAAAAAAGAGAAAAAAUUGUGUGACUCAGUCAGCGUGGUGUAUUGCUACUUCCAGACUCACUGAGAUCCUGUUGAGAAGAAAAUGAAAUGUCAAGCUAGCCAAACAGCUAGCUAGCCUGCAUACAACCUCACAAUCGGUUGAUAAUAACACAUUGCUAACUACUAUUACUUCAGAUGGCUAGCUGCUGUCGCCCAAUUGUUCACGGGGCAGGGUGCUUCUGAAGGAAACGGAUCCUUUUUUUAACGUACAAAUCGUGGAGAUAAAUAUAACUACAUCAUGAGCGAAGAAGAGAGUUCCACAUCAACGAGUAACAACAAGGACUCGAGCAUUUCUCUGCUACUAACCAAGGACGGUCAGACAUACUAUGUUGACAAGAGUGGUGUAGUCGAUAGCAGAAAUGUGGUCACGCCGCAGGAGUCGGACAACAACAUGUACUCGUACGACAUGGACGAUGCCGACGAAGAGAGCGACGUCUUGGACACCUCGGACCCGCGGGACAGCGCUGCUAGCCCAGAAGAACUCAACGACGAAGAAGGCUUCGGGGAGAGCGAGAACGUGUCUAAAACGUGCACAUACGACGGGUGCACGGAGACCACGACGCAGGUAGCCAAGCAGAGGAAGCCGUGGAUGUGUAAAAAGCACCGCAACAAGAUGUAUAAAGACAAGUACAAGAAGAAGAAGAGCGACCAGGCUAUGUCCUGCGGGAAACCGGAUGAGAGCUUGGAUGAGCGGCCGGUGUCUGUGAACAAACAGCGUCUAGGCAGCAUGGGAGACCGGCCGGCCAGACCUUCCCUCAUAGAACAGGUGCUCAACCAGAAGAGACUGUCUCUGCUGAGGAGUCCUGAGGUGAUCAGGUUUCUACAGCAACAGCAGCGCCUUCUCACCACCCAGAGCCGCAACCAAUCGCAGCCCGGCUUCCAGGGCUGCUAACAGCAACGGUGGACGGCCACCCGGUGUGUCCACCUCUAGACAUGGGUUCUGGGAAAAAUGUUGCGGAAUCGUGCAAAUUCAUUCCGGAACGAUGUCAGUACGUCCUGGAACUAUUCUCUAAGAUGCUGAGGGGGCCCAUUUGUUACUGCAUGGACAUUGUGCCCAAAUAUCAAUAACUACUCUUCCACAGUCAUUUGUACCAUAGUUAAACAUUAGAGCCACGCGUGUGAUUACCUUUCAACAACAACAACAACAACAACAAAACAAAAUCUGUGGAAGGACCUUGCACCACUCCCAUUCAGAGGGGUGGGGCUAAAAGAGGAAGGCAAACGUCUUGAAUGGACUUUGUGCUGAGACAAUUAUCCCUCUUUCCUAACCCGCUAGAAAUAUUGUGUGGUUGUUGUUUGAUGGUUAAUUUAUUUAGUCUGAAUUCACUGUGUCAGUUUGCUGUCUGUGUUUGUGUUGUUGUGUGACAAUCAUGCCAGUUUCUGGAGAGCAACUGUUCUGCAGGUUGUUGGUUCCGAGCCACGGGUCCCUGGACACAGAGUACUGCUGCUUUUUAUUCUAGGCCUCAAAUAAGGGAAGAUUUAGACCUGGAACACCAGUUGAAUACAUAUAAGUUAUGUAUUGACUAAAAGUUGAUCUGGAAUGGAGCUUCUGUUAAAAUGACUGACAUGUACAGGUGUGCUAAAAAGUUUGCAUACCCUUGGAGAAUAGGUACCAUUUGUAAAGAAAACACGAGUGAGCAGGCAAAACACGUCUUUC